GAAAACUCAUCCAAGUCCAACUAGUGCGUGGCCGGUCAUGUUAAAAGGGAGUGACCUCGAGUCGACGACAUUUCAAUUUGAACUCUCGCGCAAGCAGUUUCGACUUUCGAGACAUUUUCGCGGCAAACUAGAGAGACGGCGAUAUCUUAGCAGAAGCGAAAUGGUGCAGGUGUGCUUUAUUCUGGACCUGCGGAGCUUGGCACCUCCAUUGCUUAGAGACCUAAAGCAGUCACUGCUUCAACUUGCCAACUUGUACGCCGUUUCAAAUUAUUCCACAUCGUCUAGUCCAAAAUCGAACUCUCCUGCAGAUAAGAUCGGUCUGUGCUACGUCUUUAAAAAUCGAUUUUCUUCGUCUGACGAGCUGAAGAUCGCCUAUAGUCCCAGAGGAAACUUCAAUCUGCGCGAUUUCCACCAUGCUGUUAACAGCUUGCCCUCCGAUGCCUUCCUGCCUGAUAAUGACAACCAUCACGAUGUAAUGCUUUCAACUGUUUUAAGUGAUCGAGUGCUGUACUCCUGGCAAGGUAAAGAUAUUGAGAGAAAAGCGAUAGUCGUAACUUCCUUCUUGCCUGAAGAUGUAGACUCUACAAUGCAAAAGUGCCUCAUGGAUGCUGCAGAAAGAUGUGUUUCGGUUGAUUUUGCGGUAUUUCAGCAGAAGUCAAGUCAUCUAACUGAUACGCGGGAAAACAUUAACAACUUUCGUCGUUGCGUUUCUCAUCUUGACAAUUGCUCAUUCCAGACUUACAUUCCUGAUUUCAGAGUAAUGCACUGUCUGGUUAAAAGAUGGCUUCAGGUUCUACAAGAUGACACGGAGGAGACAUUCCAAGCACGUCUUGUUUUUAAAGAAAAUCUAUUAGAUUCAGUGAACCACAUAUUUUGCAACCUGUAUGCGGCUGCCAUUCCGAUCAGCAAUGGCUUUAGUCAAUGCCAGACAUGCAGAUGUCAUGGCAUUCUGUUAGGAGAUGCUGGAGCAGCCAAGUUCAACAGAUUUUCUUGUCCAGUCACAGGCAGCAAUCUGGAAGCAUGUGAUGUUGUCGAAAAUUCUGUCAGGGUUGGGGACAAUACAGUUCUGUUUCUUCCCUCAUUCCAUAGUUUCCUGAAGCUCCCACAAAUUAAUUCACGAAUUGACAUAACAGUUAUCAGGAGGACAAGCUUGACUUCUGUUAAUGAAGGUUUGAUAAUGGGGGCUUCCUUUGUCGUGAUUCCAACCCCUUGUCUUGGGAUUGAAUCUACUUCAGACGAUGUUGAUCAGUCGGACUUGAAUGCUCUAGUUUUUCGAGGCCUUUCUAGUGUGCUGCACUCGAUGGACCAAGGCUUGAUAUGCACCUCGAAUAGUGAUUUAGAAACAUUGACAGAGGUUCCUUUCCGUUGCUAUUAUAUUCUUCAGCCAUCAGAUAACGGGCCGAUGCUGCUUAGGCGUCUUGCAGGUGCAGAAGAAGUAUUACGAGUUCCUGAUAAUCGUUUAGUUAAUUCAUCUGUCAGUAAGGAAAUCGAGAAUUCUGUUGAAGCCUGUCUGUUGAAGAUUGAUCUAACGCACUAUGAUCCCUUGCUGCACGAAAGAGGCUUUCAUCAAAAGCUAAACUUUCUUGUCCGAGAAAGCUUACAGUUCGGGUCAACAUUUCCUAAAGAGGGAGAUGCAGCCGCUGAGCCAAGCUCAAGCGAAAAGCCUUCUUUAGAAGUGACCGAGAAACCAGAAACAAUAAUAGAUGUGAAUGGAAAAAGUUCGGAAUUGGAUCUUACAACCCAAGAAGAUAACACCAUCGCCUGUAUUACAAAAGAAUGGGAGCAGUUGGUCGUAAAAGAGGUCCCCAAGAUUUAUUCUCCAUCUUGUAUGUCCAAAUCCAAGUUGGAUCAAAAAUGUGUUACGCCACGUGAUUGUAAUAGGCAGCUGGACAGAGAAACUUCGAGGAUUCUAGAGAGAUUGGAGGUUCCAAGACCACUGAAAGCAAAGUCGGUGUCUCCUGUUUCAAAUGCAACCAUGACGAAUGCAAGCGUGCCCACGAAGAAACCUCUUAUCCCAUUUCAGCCAAUUCAAGCUACAGAACCAGUCUCUAUUGGCAGCCAGCUAAUGAAGCCAAAUUUCCAAAGACUGAAAAGGAAACAUAAAUGAAAAGAAGGCCGCUUGAAUAAGUGAUUCAGAAGUUGAUGAGGUCAACAUGCAUUACUCUUUCGCUCUGUCAAAUUUUAUGCCUCAAAUGAUUUUCUAGACAAACCAUGCGUCGGUCGCUGCACUCAUGAAUCUGAUUCGGUAACAAGUGCAAAAAUGCUUGACAAUUUCAGUUCAUUUGUCUACUAAAAUUUACUA